ACCUGACUGGCUGUCAGCUGCCAAAACGCUCGUCCGGCAGGUCUGACGCUUUGCUUUGCUUUUCGGUAUUAUGCUUGCAAGUGGGGGGUGGCAUUUGUUGCGAUGCGCUACUGGAACCGAGGAAAAGGAUUGGACAGAUGUUUUAAGACUGGCAUGUGUCCCUUACCAUUCAGGGGAUAAUCCCAAUGUUUUGUCUCUCUUGGAAAUUGCAAAACUAUUGGGGAUGAUGAGGACCGCAUAGAUACCUUGCUCAUUGUGGAUGACAGCAGCACUGAGAAACGUCGGGAGUUUUAAUUGCGAGCAGGGACACGAUUGAACCAUGCAAGCGAAGGAGCACAUCGUGUCUGCGCCUGGGAAAGUCAUUCUUCAUGGGGAACACGCGGUAGUACACGGGAAACUGGCUCUGGCUGUCGGUUUAGAUUUGCGGACCUACCUGCGCCUACAGCCGAGCUCUUCAGGAAGAGUCUCAGUUAACCUCCCCAAUAUUGACACCUUCCUCAGCUGGGACUUGUCCUCGCUGCAGGACCUGCUCCCAGAUUGCAAAGGCGCUGACCUCUGGGGCGCCUGUGAGCCAGACCCCGAGUUUGUGAAAAAGCUGUGCCUCUUCGCUGACCUCUCGGACCGCUCCCCUGACACUCGCAGCCUCGCAGUUCUGGCCUUUCUCUACGUCUACCUUUCAGUCUUCUCCCGGUCCAGGGCACUGCCCAGUGUGACCGUGUCCGUUUGGUCAGAACUGCCAACGGGAGCUGGCCUGGGUUCCAGCGCCGCCUUCUCUGUCUGUCUGUCCGCGGCCUUGCUGUCUGCCCAGGGAGCCGUCGCCUGGCCUCAGGCUGCCGAGGGACACACUGCCAGGUGGAAAGAGGAGGAGCUGGAGCUGAUUAAUAAGUGGGCCCUGCAGGGAGAGAAGAUCAUUCAUGGGAAUCCGUCAGGGGUGGACAAUGCAGUGGGAACGUGGGGUGGGGUACUGCGCUAUCAUGCGGGGAAGAUCAGCCCAUUGAGCAGUGUACCGGUGUUAAGAAUUCUCCUAACAAAUACCAAAGUUCCCCGCAGUACAAAGGUUCUAGUUGCUGGAGUGAAGGACAAAAUUAACAAGUUUCCAGCCAUAAUGAAUCCAGUGCUGGAAUCAAUAGAUGCCAUUUCCUCCUCCUGUGAGAGGACACUGAUAGACAUGGCCAGUGAAAGCAGACCCAAGCACUACGCUGUUUUAGAAGAGCUGAUUGACAUGAACCAGCACCACCUGAAUGUGAUUGGCGUGGGGCACCCCUCCCUGGACACACUGUGCCAGGUGACGUUGGCACACGGCCUGCACAGCAAGCUAACAGGAGCUGGGGGAGGAGGCUGUGGGAUAACUCUUCUUAGACCGGACACUGACUGCUCAGUGGUACAAAAAGCAGUACAGGAGCUGCAGGAUUGUGGCUAUGACUGUUGGGAAACCAGCAUUGGUGCUCCUGGUGUGAGACUCCACUCGCUGUCCUCCGUGAAAAGCGAAGUUCUAAAGAUUUUAAGCAGCUACUGAAGUGACUGCCCGAUUAAACGGCUGAAUUUGAACAAGCUUUAAGGAACAGUUUUUAAUUUUAGGUCAUGUCCUCUUACCUGAGAGGUCCCCAGCCCUUGAUGCAGUUUGUCUGCAGCAGAUGACACAUGAUGUCAUCUGGGUAUCGGAUAUUGCCAGGGGGUCCCGUGAUUCAUGAUGUUGCCCCCCGGAGGUUUAAUUGGAAUGGCUGUUCUCCUGUUCUGCUGAGUACCAUGACUCACUCUUCACAUACUGUUUGUCUGAUUUUCAGAUUCUGUGGGGGGAAGAAGAGAGAGAAAGGAGCAAGCAAUUUAAAUUAGGGCAGCCCACAAAAAUCAAUAUAUUAGCUCAAGCCCACACUGUAAAUUGUUCUACCUGUGUGAAAGGUGCCCUGUACUGUAUCCUCUGCUGACUGAACUGGGAGCAGGUGCAAUGUAAUUUCCUGUGCGAUUCUGGCAGUGGCAGUCAGGAAUGACACAGCAAUAAAAGAAACUCAGGCGAAUGGAAA